AAGAAGGGGCAGAGUACAGAUAAAUAAAAAUAAUAUAUCAAUGACUAGCUAGCCAAAAUCACACGAGUAUAAACAAAAUGCUGGAGAAAAACAAAUAUGUUCCUCGAGUAAAUCAGAUUGAUGCCAUAUAUCUGAACAAGGACAUUGCCCGCCUAAUACGUGAUAACCUGCUGGAGAACCUGCAGGCUAUAUCGCCAGUUUUGUUCAUAAAAAUUCAGCCGGAACUGGAUUUGCUCAUCCAAUCCGCCAUUUGGUUUGGUUCUGUGGGCAAGCGCUGCUCCACCUUUGGCCAACAGCUUCUGGUCCUGGCCUAUGAUGCCGAGAAGCUCACAGUAUCCAGGUUGGUGCUCCACUUCAUCCUCACUGUUCUGCCGGGAUAUGUAAAGAGCUGGGAGGAGAGGCGUCUAACAAGGCGAGUGGAGUGGUUCAGCCAGGCUAUCACAUGGACGGAAAACAGUGCCCUGGUGCUAAACAUUCUUAACUAUUUUCGAUUCCUUAAGACGGGUCGAAAACCAACGCUGAUUGACUAUCUUUUGGGAUUGGACUACAUUAGUCUGAGGAACAAUCAAAGGAGGGACAUAGGCUACAAGUACCUGACGAGAGAGUUACUUUGGGGAGGAUUUAUGGAAAUCCUUGGCCUGGUGCUCCCCAUAAUCAAUUUCCGCAAGCUGCAAAGAGUUCUGAAAUCUUGGGCCUUUGGGCAGGCAUCUUCUGCACGGAAGUUGGAGGUUGGUGGAGGCGACAUGGCUUUCCUUACCCCACAGAUGACCUUGGGAACCAUGUGCACCUUUUGCGGGGAACGUCCUACGUUGCCCCAUCACAUGGGCUGUGGUCAUAUCUUUUGUUAUUAUUGUCUGAGUGCCAAUGUUUUGACGGACGCAAGUUUCGGCUGCCCCAAGUGCGGUUCCACGUGCACCGAGGCGGGAGUUCAAAGUGUUGGAUUGUUGGGAUCAACUCGCUAGAGAGAUUUUUAAACGUCUUAUAUAGUUUUAAGCAAAAAGUGGGCUGUAAGUUAAUAAUAAACAAACAUUCCAUAUUUCGAAAAAACUCGCUUAA